AGGGAGCUGAAAUGGAUGGGUCAUGGUUGUAGUAGAGUAACUGCUGUGGUGGUAGCGGCGACAACAGCCUCUUCUUCUUCUCUUCCAUCACUUUGUCCAUUUAGGGUUAGAGUCUCUUCUUCAACCUCUUUCUUCUGUACGUCUACUUUGCCUUCAUCGUUGUUGUCAUCCAACAUGCCUGAACCACAGGAUCAGAUGGCGCAGUGGCCUGCCAGUAGAGUCAGGGACACAUUUAUCAAGUUCUUUGAAACAAAAGAUCAUGUCUACUGGAAAUCUAGCCCCGUUGUACCCGUCAACGACCCUACCCUCCUAUUCGCUAAUGCCGGCAUGAACCAAUACAAGCCAAUCUUUUUAGGAACUGUUGAUCCCAACACUUCAUUGAGUAAACUCAAACGUGCUUGUAACACCCAAAAAUGCAUUAGAGCUGGGGGAAAGCACAAUGAUCUUGAUGAUGUUGGGAAAGACACUUACCACCAUACAUUCUUCGAGAUGCUUGGGAACUGGUCGUUUGGAGACUAUUUCAAAAAGGAAGCAAUUGAGUGGGCAUGGGAGCUUCUGACACAGGUGUAUAAGCUACCAACAGAUCGGAUUUACGCCACCUAUUUUGGGGGUGACGAAAAAUCUGGUCUUGCUGCUGAUAAUGAAGCUAGGGAGAUAUGGCUGAACUUUUUGCCUCCUCAACAUGUACUUCCUUUUGGUACCAAGGAUAACUUCUGGGAGAUGGGGGAUACUGGUCCUUGUGGUCCUUGCACCGAAAUCCACUUUGACAGAAUUGGCAAUCGAAAUGCUGCUUCAUUGGUCAAUAAUGAUGAUCCCACGUGUAUUGAGAUAUGGAAUCUUGUCUUUAUUCAGUUCAACAGGGAUAGUGAUGGUUCUCUAAAACCUCUUCCAGCAAAACAUGUUGACACUGGGAUGGGUUUUGAGCGAUUGACAUCUAUUCUUCAGAACAAACUGAGCAAUUAUGACACUGAUGUAUUUUUCCCCAUAUUCGAUGCUAUCCAAAAGGCAUCAGGAGCCCAACCAUACUCAGGAAAAGUUGGAGCAGAUGAUGUAGACAAGGUUGACAUGGCUUAUAGGGUUGUGGCUGACCACGUAAGGACUCUUUCAUUUGCUAUUGCAGAUGGUUCUUGUCCAGGCAAUGAGGGUCGGGAGUAUGUUCUGAGACGUAUUCUUAGACGAGCUGUUCGUUAUGGAACUGAAGUCCUUAAAGCUCCAGAAGGUUUUUUCAGCGGGCUUGUAAGUGUUGUGGUGAGAGUCAUGGGGGAUGUUUUUCCAGAACUGAAGCAACAUGAAGCUAAUAUUAGGGACACUAUUGCUGCAGAGGAAACAAGUUUUGGGAGGACGUUGCUUAAGGGAAUUGAGCAAUUUAAGAAGGCUGCUCAGGAUGUUCAGGGAAAAAGAUUGAGUGGGCAGGAUGCUUUUGCUUUGUGGGACACUUACGGGUUUCCGUUGGAUCUCACUCAGCUUAUGGCAGAAGAACGAGAUCUAACGGUUGAUGUGGAAGGUUUUAACAUUGCCAUGGAUGAAGCAAGGAUAAGAUCCAGGACUGCUCAAAGCAAGAAAGCUGGUGGUACAAUUGCCAUGGAUGCUGAUGCCACCUCAGAGUUGUACAGGAAGGGAGUAGCUACAACAGAUGAUAGCAGCAAGUUUAUAUUGUUCCAGGAUCAUGAGAGUGUCAUCAAAGCUAUAUACACUGGUUCAGAGUUUGUGGACAGCGCUGUUUCUGGUGACGAAGUUGGCAUUGUUUUACAAACCACAAGCUUCUACGCUGAGCAAGGUGGACAGAUAUUUGAUACUGGGUCACUUGAAAGCUCAGGUGGGUCAUUUCAAGUGCUUAAUGUUCAAAUUUAUGGUGGUUUUGUCCUUCACAUUGGUUCUAUUUCUGGACGGAAGGACAGGUUCUCCGUGGGUCAAAAAGUAAUCUGCAAGGUUGACUAUGACCGGCGUACUCUCAUUGCACCUAAUCACACCUGUACCCACAUGCUAAACUUUGUUCUCAGGGAAGUUCUCGGUGAUCAUGUUGACCAGAAGGGGUCCAUUGUUCUUCCUGAAAAAUUAAGAUUUGAUUUUUCACAUGGCAAGCCCAUUCAUCCUGAUGACUUGAGGAAGAUUGAGUCAAUUGUGAACAAGCAAAUCAAGGAUGAAUUGGAUGUUUUCGCUAAGGAGGCAACACUUGCUGAUGCCAAACGUAUAGCUGGUUUGAGAGCUGUAUUUGGAGAAGUCUACCCUGAUCCUGUUAGGAUUGUGGCAAUUGGUCAAAAGGUGGAGGCUCUCCUGGCUGAUCCAGAUAACAAAGAAUGGUUAUCAAUCUCAGCAGAACUUUGUGGAGGGACCCAUAUAGCAAAUACACGAGAGGCUAAAGCAUUUGCUCUUUUGUCUGAGGAGGGAAUUGCCAAGGGCAUUCGGAGGAUAACUGCUGUUACACUUGAUUCUGCUUUCAAUGCAGUGGAGUUGGCAUGCUCACUGGAUCAGGAGAUUAAUGAUGCAUCCAAGGCAGACUUAAGCUUGCUGGAGAAGCAAGUGGCUUCGUUAAAAAAUCGUGUCCAGUCAGCAACUAUCCCGGCAGCUAUGAAAGCAGAUCUUGAAGCUAAGGUUUCCCAACUGAAGGAUCAAGUUAGAAAGGCACAAAAGAAGAUUGCCCAAGAGAAUCUUCAGAAAUCUCUGAAGGUAGCAACUGAAAAAGCCGACAUUGCUGUUUCAGAUGGAAAAGCUUUCUGUGUUUCUUUUGUGAAUGUUGGUGUGGAUGCAGAGGCAAUACGGGAAGCAGUUCUUAAAACUGUGGAUCAGAAGGGAAUAUCAAUCAUGUUAUUUAGUAUGGAUGAAGCCACAAACAAGGCUGUAGUGUGUGCCAAGGUAUCCGAAAAAGGAGAUAAAAGCAAGGGGCUAGAGGUGUCGGAGUGGUUGACAGCGGCCAUGGGACCUCUCAAUGGGAGGGGUGGUAUAGGAAAACGUGGCUGUGCUCAAGGCCAGGGGACGGAUGCGUCACACAUUGAGGAGGCAGUAGAUCUUGCGACCACCUUUGCUUCUAUGAAGUUGAGAUGAUUAACCUAAUUGUGCUGUUUUUUGGUCACUGAAGAAUUGCCAAGGCCUCGGUUAACUAGCUGAUGCUUACUGACAGAGUCUUGAUUCAAAAACUCAAAUCGAUACAUGAAAAUGAAAGAAGUAUGAAAAAAUGGUGUGAUGCAACAGUUAAAUUAUUUGGGGAAAAUGAUACCAUUAGUGAACAGGGAAAACAUAUUUAAUUAUUUGAUAUUACAGUAACAUUAAUUUUUCC